CCAUGGCGGAGUGGCCCCUGGGGGUGGAUCGGAUCCACGCGCAGCACUUCGGACCAAAUUACGGAUCGAGGUACCGUAUUGAUCCAGAAUAUAAUAAGAUGCAUGCUUCCAACCGUCCCGUCCACGGGCCCUUUCAGCUUGACCGACACCCAUAGAAACCCACACAACACCACAUACACUCACUCCUCCACCAGCCAGUAUGCUCGUCAAAUCCCUCCUCGCCCUCGUGGCCGCCACAGGCUCCUUGGCUGCCCCGGCCGUAGACGGUGCCUCGUCGUUCCAGCAGCUCGUGGACCGCUCGACCCCCACCGGCACCGGCACCAACAACGGUUUCUUCUACUCCUUUUACAACUCGGGCGCCAGCAGCUCCGUAACGUACAACAACAAGGCUGCGGGCGAGUUCAGCGUGGACUGGACCAACUGCGACAACUUCGUCGCUGGCAAGGGAUGGGCGACCGGCAGUGACCGUUCCAUCAAGUACAGCGGCACGUGGGACGCGGCCAAGGUCAACAGCUACGUCUCCGUCUACGGCUGGACGACGAGCCCUCUCGUCGAGUACUACAUCGUCGAGAGCUUCGGCGACUACAACCCCAGUUCGGGAGCCUCCAAGAUCUCCUCGGUCACCACCGACGGCGACACGUACGACAUCUACAAGACGCAGCGCGUCAACCAGCCCAGCAUCCAGGGCACCGCCACGUUUGACCAGUACUGGUCGGUCCGCCGCAACCACCGCGUCGGCGGCACCGUCACCGUCAAGAACCACUUUGAUGCUUGGGCAAAGGCGGGCCUGAACCUCGGCUCGCAUAACUACCAGAUCCUCGCUGUCGAGGGCUACAAGAGCAGUGGAUCCGCUGACAUCACCGUCUCCGCUGCCUAGGUCAUUCGUCAAUCUGGGCGAACGACCGGGUCUGGACUGCCCAGGUGACUGCCCUGCUUUCUGAGAAGCCAUGUGCUCACUCUUCAUGUACCUACUUGGCC